AUGAUGAGGCGGCAAGCGCACGCUCCUGGACUGCCUGCACAUGAGCGUGGUCAAGCCGGCGCAGGGGAGGGGCAGAAGCGUCACCGGCUGGCCGUCUCGCAUGCCGACCGCGAGGUAUCUCUGGCGGUCAGGUCAGGGGUCCGUCUCCAGGCCUCCGACAACGGCCGCGCCGAGAUCGAGUUCGCGGCUCGCGCAGCCGACGGUGUGGCUGCCGGCGCUGGUGUACGACUUCAAGCUGAUCACGAUGGCCCGGAACCUCCUGCCGCGGGAGUACGAGGAGCAGAGCAACUGAGCAAGCCGAUCACGCGCUACUUCCAGAUGAUGACCGAGAUCGUGGAGGACGCGGCCGACGUGCGGAUCCUCCGCCGCGCCGGUGUGGUCCGCGGCGGGUCCAGCGGCGGGCAGGAGGUGCACGAGCUGAUCGAGAACAUCGACGGGCACUCCACGUACCCGUCCGUGUACAUGGCCAUGGACCGGGAGAUCGACAAGUUCAACAUGCAUGGGCAACCUAGCCAUGGGUUCUCCAUCGACAACAAUCAUGCCUCUACGGACCCUCCAUCAUUGAAAUCACAGAAGGCCGCAAAGAAGAAAAACGUGUCCAGGAGAGGAGCUGCAUUCACCAAAGAGGAGGACGUGGUGGUGCGCUCGGCAUUUCUGAAUGUUAGCAAAGAUCCUAUUACUGGUGUGAACCAGAUUUCAGGUGGUUAUUACAAGAGGAUGCAUGAUUAUUUCAAUGAGCACAAGCCUGAAGGGUCCAACCGUAGCCAGAUUGCUAUUCGGCAUAGGUGGGCAUUGAUUCAGAAAGCAAUAAACAAGUUCUGUUCACACAAAGCAGCUAUCGACAGGUUGAAUGAGAGCGGAAAAAAUGAGCAGGAUCGGCUAAACAACCCUACAUCUCUUGAUGGCAUGUCAUCUCCUCCAACUCAAGGCCACGCAGAAUCUGAAAAUGAGAAUAUAGACACAUCACGGCCUGAGGAUAGGGAUAGUGCGAAGAGGCGUAGAUCAAAGAGCUUCACAGAGACAUCAUCAUCUAGUACAGAUGUUGAAGUCCUCCAGCGGUUGCAGGAGAAAUCAGAGUAG